AUGAAGAUCAUAUUCCUCCUCUUCCUCCUCCUCCUCGCCUCGGGAGCCUGUGAUGACGUCAAGUACAUCUCCAAGAGGAACUCAGUGGACGGAUGUAUAGACUGGUCCGUGGAUCUGAAGCCGUACCAUGUUCUGGCAGGCGAGCCUGUUCGGGUCAAAUGUGCCUUGUUCUACAGCUACAUCAGAACCAACUACACCAUGGCCACCAACGCCAAGCUGCGCCUCAUCUGGUACAAGAACAAAGGAGAUGCAGAGGAGCCCAUCAUUUUCUCAGGCCACAGGCUGAGUAAAGAGGACGACUCCAUCUGGUUCAGAUCUGCAGAAAUGGAAGACAAUGGAUUCUACACCUGUGUACUAAGGAACUCAACGUACUGCAUGAAAGUGUCCAUGUCGAUGACGGUGGAGGAGAGCGAUGAGGGGAGAUGCUUCAGCAGCAAAAUCCGCCACCUGGAGAAAGCUGAGAUAACUCACAGCAAAAUGGUCACCUGCCCUGAUAUAGAGGACUACAUGGCUCCGUACAAGCAGCCACAUAUGACCUGGUACAAGGAGUGUGAGCGGGUUGAAUGGAGGAGUUCCAUCAUGCUGAACACCACCCACCUGUGGAUACCCGAGGUGGAGGAGGGCGACGGGGGAAAUUACACCUGUGAGUUACAGUAUGGAUCGAGAGUGGUGCGGCGGACAACACAACUCAAAGUGACAGCUCUCCAAACCAUGCAGCCUCCCAAGGUCCUUUUCCCCCCAGAGAGGCAGGACACAGCGAUAGAAAUCACGCCUGGUAUGCCUCUCAGCUUGGACUGCAAGGCCUUCUUCGGCUACAGUGGAGAGAGCAGGAGGCCCAUCAUCUACUGGAUGAAAGGGGAGAAGUUUGUGGAAGAGCUGGCGGGACACAUUAAAGAAAGUGAAGUCAGGAUCUUGAGGGAGCAUUUAGGGGAGAAGGAAGUGCAGCUAUCCCUAACAUUUGAUGCGGUGGAUGAGGCAGACCUGGCCAACUACACCUGUUAUGUGGAGAACCAUAUAGGGAAGCGCAGUGGGAGUGCUAUACUGCAGAAGAAAGAUAUGUAUCGCCUGGAGUUGGCUGGUGGUCUCGGGGUCAUAUUGCUGCUGCUCGGGGUCCUGACGGCGCUUUAUAAGUGUUACAACCUGGAGAUCAUGCUCUGCUACAGGAGACACUUUGGCAGUGAUGAAACCGAGGAUGAUAAUAAAGAGUAUGAUGGCUACCUGUCCUACACUAAAGUGGACCUGGACUGUCUGGGCAGGUCGAGCAGCGAUGAGGAAACGUUCGCUUUGGAGAUCCUGCCAGAUGUUUUGGAGAAACAUUACGGCUACAAGCUGUUUAUACCAGACAGAGAUCUAAUACCCAGCAGUACCUACAUUGAGGACCUGGCUCGCAGCGUGGAGCAGAGCAGACGCCUCAUCAUCGUUUUGACUCCAGAGUUUGUCGCCAAAAGAGGGUGGAGUAUCUUCCAGAUAGAGACACGCCUCCACUCUAUGCUGGUUACCGGGGAGAUCAAGGUGAUCAUGAUAGAGUGUGCCGACCUGAAGAAUGUCAUCAACUACCAGGAGGUUGAAGCACUUAAGCAUACCAUCAAGGUUUUAUCCAUCAUCAAGUGGCGGGGUCCUAAAAGCAAUGAGCUCUCCUCUAAGUUUUGGAAACAGGUGGUCUACGAAAUGCCUGCUAAACGCAGAGAGACUUUGUCCAGACGCCAGGUGAUGGACGCUGGUGAACAGGGCCUCUUCGGUGACCUACAGACCACUGUCUCCACGAUUGCCAUGACAACCACCUCUGCCUCCCUGGUGCCCCCUAACGAAAGUCGCCACGGACACCAUCAGGUUGCCUUGGCGACAGAGAUCCCGGACUACAACCAGAUGACCUUGCCACUUGGAGGGGGUCACACAGCUACAUCAGCCCAAAUGAGGCAUUUCUGUCGCAGUUAUGAGUUCCAGCUUCCCCCACCGCCAUCCUCCAUGUCCCCUCCUCUCCCUCCUCCCUCCACCGUGCAGUUCUCCACUCUGGGACCCGGGGGGCGCCAUGUCUAUUGCAACAUCCCUAUGACACUACUGAAUGGACAGGGGUUCAGAGCAGCUCACUGGGGAACAAGAGGUAUCUCAGAGCAGUACGCUUGGGAAAAAGCCAGAGCUCCACCUGAACAGCACCUUUGUACCUCUCACCAGCAGAGAACUAAGCUCUGACAUCUGGUAGACGUGCUCACCCGGUACUGGAUACAGACUGCUUUACAGACUGCUUUUUCACUGGCUUUUGGACUUUGGCAGACUGGUUGCUCGGCUGGUUUUUAUUGGGUUUUUUGAACUGUGUACAGGCUUGCUGUCAGGAGAGACUGGGUGUGGACUGCUUGCGAACUCGGUUUGGGCCAUUGCAUCCCGCGCUUCGAACGAAGGACUUCUUAAAGACUGCAAAAGGCUCAGAUUCACAGUGGCUGGGUGCAAUGGCUGGAGGUUUCUCACAAACAGAUGGAUUCAGAUUGUAAAACCUAUACAAACAUUGCAAACUGGAUUUGGACCUACCAACUCGUUACAGACUGAUACAAACUGGUUUGUAAGAUGUGUUUCCACGACCAUUUGAUAAAAAAGGAAUGAAUAAUAUUAUACUACAUGCCUGGUCCAAUGGAUUUUACAGCAGUUUAUAGACAGAGA